AUGCCUCCUUCGCCGGCAAUGAGAUGCUCUCCCGGACGAGAGCCGAGAGGGAACCAUCACAGACGAGGUCGCAGUUUUGAGAGUGGAAUUUUUUUGAAAGAGAAAGAUGAAGAUCUUGCCUUAUUCAAUGAAAUGCAGACGCGAGAAAAAGAGGAUUUCUUGCUUCAGUCGUCAGAUGAUCUCGAAGACACAUUUGCUACAAAAUUGAGGCAAUUUUCGGAUUUGAAGCUCGGAAUCGCCAUUCCUACACGUGGAGAGAGUAGUGACCUGCUUAAUGUGGAGGGGGAGAAAAAUGACUAUGACUGGUUAUUAACGCCUCCCGACACCCCUCUUUUUCCUUCCUUGGAUAAUGAGCCGCCACCAGUUAAUGCACCACAGAGGGGCAGACCUCGAAGUCAACCAAUUACUAUAUCAAGAUCAUCCACGAUGGAGAAGAGUUACCGAAGCAGCAGGGGUAGUGCUAGUCCUAAUCGCUUAAGUCCAUCUCCUCGUUCUGGGAAUAGUUCAUUUCAGUCAAGGGGAAGGCCGUCACCUGUACGUCAUUCCAGUCCAACCCCAAGUCUACGGUCUGCUACUCCAUCACGGAGACCAUCUUCUCCAUCACAGAGACCUUCUACUCCCCCAAGUAAAUCCCCAACACCUGCUCCAAGGUCUUCUACCCCCACACCACGGAGAAUGAGCACUGGGUCCAGUAGUACUGUGGCCUCACCGGGGAUAAGAGGAACUUCUCCGGUAAAGACAAGUCGAGGGAACUCUGCUUCACCAAAAAUAAGAGCAUGGCAAACAAAUAUUCCAGGCUUCUCCUCUGACGCACCUCCCAACCUUCGUACUUCUCUUGCUGAUCGACCUGCAACAUAUGUGAGGGGUUCCUCACCAGCAUCUAGAAAUGGUAGGGACCAUUCCUCCAACUACAGAAGGCAAUCAAUGUCUCCAACUGCUUCUAGAAGUGUUAGUUCAUCUCAUAGUCAUGAUCGAGAUCCAUUUAGUUCGCACAGCAAAUGUUCUAUAGCAUCUUCUGGUGAUGAUGAUGUAGACUCUCUGCAAUCUCUUCCUGUGGGUAGUUUAGACCGAUCAACUUCAAGAAGAGUUGCUGCUUUCUCAAACAACAGAGCUGUGGCCUUCUCAAAAAGACCAGCCAAAAUGGUGUCCUCAUCUUCUGCUCCAAAAAGAUCCUUUGAUUCUGCUCUUCGACAAAUGGAUCACCGUAAAAGUCCUCAGAUGUUUAGGCCACUCUUAUCUAGUGUUCCCAGUAGCACCUUCUAUGUUGGAAAAGCAAGUUCUGUGCAUCGUCCUCUGAUUUCCAGGAACUCCUCAGUCACAACUAGCAGCAAUGCAAGUUCUGAUCUAGGUACUAGUGUUGCACCUGAUACGGAAGGGAGUGAUCACAACCAGGAUGAUAUGGCCAGUGAAUCUGAGAAAGUGCCAUACUCUGAUGUUCAUGAAGAGGUAUUUGGCUUUGAUAAGAUGGACGCAGUAAAUGAAGACACCAGGCAUGAUAUCCAUGAUGGGCCACAUGACCUUCAUCAGGGUGACUUCAAUAGAGGCACUGCAGUGGAGGGUGGAGCUGCUCACUCUGAAGAUUAUGGUCGCCCCAAUGUCAUCAUGGAUGUCAGUCCAACCUCAGAAGAUUCUCAUGUUAAGGGUGAUUUUUCAGAAAUUGAUAGUCUCGAAGACAUGGAACCUUGUCCUAAAUGUGGUCGCAGAUUUUAUGUUUCGGAUCAGGCGGAAAGGAACACUAGAUUUUGUCCAGAGUGCAGUAGGGAAGAUAAACUUCUGAGUGUCCUUAUUCCGGAGAUAACCGUAGUUCCUGAACACUCCACACCUUUGUCUGUAAAAAAUUUGGAAGAAGAAAAGCUUUUGGAUGCAAUGGAAACCAUGAUGGUUGUGCCUGGAUCUCCACAAGUUUCUGAUUUGGGGAAACCACAGAGUUCCCAGCGUGAAGAGAAUGUUGAUCCAGGCCAAACUAUCUGCAGUGAGAAAUUCCCUAAUUGUUUACAGGAAAAAUCUCUUGCAAGACCAGUGGUGGAGGGAGUUGAGGAUGGGCUAGCUAACCAGCAAGAGGUGGACUCACAGACUGUUGGUUGUGGGCUGCCUAAUAGUGACAUUGGGGGUCAGAAUUUGCAUCAUUCUAACAACUAUCGAAAUAUGAGGGUUGACAUUUCAGAAGGUGCGGGCAUUUCCAUACUUCUGAAGAGGACAAGCAGUAGCAAAGGGGCAGUUGUUCAGGGCAGGACUUUCACAGCCACUACCAUACCUUAUGAGGAUCUGUCAUAUGCUAGAGAUAGUUCAAACAGUAUGAGAAGCUCCAUUGGCCAUGGUAGUUUCUCUGCAUCAUCUUCAGUUGAUUUCGGUUCAGCUAGACAAACUGAGACUCGUGUGCAGCGACAGUUAAGUGGCAAGAAGUCAGACAUGGAGAAUCACAGACAUGACACCAAUAUAAAACCCCAAAGCAUUGCAUCAUCUUCCUAUGGAGAUUCAAACCAUGCUCACCAAGCUCUAGGUCUUUCAUCAAACACACAUGAUGAUGAUAUUGAGGUUGCUGGGGGAAUUUUGGAAUGUGAUGUUGCAGAGGUGACUCACAUAACAUCGCAAGAACGCUUGCUAGCUUCAGAAUGUACAGACGCAGAUGCUACUACUACUUCUACCAGGACAACUGUUGGUGAGGAAGAUGAUACCGAGUUCAAUUCUAGCAGUAGAAGAGUUGAUACUUCUAACUCAGAGUUGUCGAGCCAUGCAGUUAGCUCUCCAUUAGAAGACAAUUGGGUAGCAAAAUUUCCAAUUUGUGAAAAUGGUGCUUCAAAUGAGCACGGUGAAGAAUUGCAAAACAAUGCAAGGAGUUCCACAGAUGUAGAAGUUGCAACUCCAGAGCCAUCAUUCAAGGAGGAAAACACCAAUCUCAACAGUACUGUUGACGGACUGGAUGUUGAAGAGAUUGCUACUCACAGCUCUUUGGUUACAGUAUCAGUAUCAGAAAUAGAAACUGAAAAAUGUCAUCAGACUUACCCUUGUUCACUCAACGAUGAUGCUCCCCUUGAAUCAAGGAGCACCUUGGAGGAAUUUCAGGAGCCUUCAGUUCCAAUUCCUUCUGACAGUGAUCUGACAUCUUCUGUUCCAGAGACCAACAACGCUACUAAUGCAUAUGGCAUCCUAGAAGAGGAAUCGACAGUAAUGGUUGAGUGUCGAGGUCGAAGCAAGACAAAAAGCCUGACACUAGAAGAGGCAACAGAUACAAUACUCUUCUGCAGCUCCCUUGUCCAUGAUCUGGCCUACGAGGCCGCAGCCAUAGCAAUGGAAAAGGAAAGCCCAGUCGCCUUAGAAGGUUUGCAGCCUACAAUUACAAUAUUGGGGAAGUCCAAUCCUGAGAGAAAGGAACCACGUGGCAGAACUGUUGGUCGACGUACUUCAAAACCUCGAAAGAGCAGGCAAAAGUGGGUGGAAACAGAUGCCGAACCCCCUGUUAGUAAGACUGAGAACGAUGAGAAUGUUGACGAGUCUAUGCAACGCAAUGUAGGGCUUCCUAACAAGGUAGACGGCAUGAAGCCUCCGAAGCUGGAAUCCAAGUGCAACUGCACUAUAAUGUGA